AUGUUCUUGGUGGUUUUGAUCCUUGGCGAGGUCCAAACGGGCGUUUGCAAGACCCAAAUGGUUUGUUGCAAGACGUGGGAUCAACCGCAUGCUUCGGGCUCCGAAAGGAUUCGCAGCACGCCUGGGUUCCAGCCCAUUUGCAAGGGCUGUCCCGCUGGAAACGCCUUAGUCACCCUCGCACAGUCGGGCGCCUGCGCUGUACAUUUGAGCCGCUCAGGGAAGCCUAAGACUAAGAUGCGGGCUGCUCAGGUGGAUGCAAAACAUGCUACUGUGGCCAUGUCCAAGCUUUCCAAGCUACGUGCUUGGAGAGAGGCGGUUGUUCUACUCGAUGCCAUGCCGGAAGCAAGUGUGCAAUCUAACGUGAUCAGUUUUACUGCGAGCUUCGGCGCAUUAGGGAAACAGUGGCAUUCUGUCAUGGCUUUAUUUCGGGGGAUGCCUGUAGCACAAGUGCAAGCAAACGUCAUCAGCGUCAACGCGAUCACCGGGACUUGCGCAAAAGCCCUGCAGUGGAAGCAAGCGUUGGCCUUCUUCGCCAUGAUGCCUGGCGCAGGACUACGGCCAGAUAUUCGCAGCUGUAGUUCAGCGUCUUGCACUGUGCAGUGGCAGCAGGCGUUGGUGUGCUUCCACAAAUUUCCUGCGGAUAUCAUUAGUUUCAACAGUACCAUCAGCUCUUGCGCGCAGGAGGCAUGGCACCAGGCAUUGGCCUUGAGCCGCGCCAUGCCACAGCUCAAGGCCAGCGAAGUCACCAUGGGCGCGACCAUCAGCGCUUGGGAGUCUGGCGACCAAUGGCAGCAAGCGCUUUUUGCAAUGUCUUCCUUUUCGCGGGUGCGUGUCAGUGCAAUCAGCCUCAACGGGGCCAUCAUGGCUUGCAAAAGAGGGAUUCAGUGGCAGCAGGCCGUGGGCUUGCUCGAUACACAAGUGGCCAAUGUGUUUUGCUUCACUGCGGCCAUUGGCGCAUGUGAGUAUCAGUGGCAGGCUGCGGUGGCCCUUUUUUGGGCGAUGCCUAAAGUAAAAAUACGAGCAGAUAGCACUAGCUUUCUUGCAACCCUGAGCGCCUGCCAGAAAGACGGCAAGUGGCAGGUUGCCUUGGCGAUGUUUCAGGUGAUGCUCGAACUGUGGCUGGCAGACCAUGUCAGCUGCAGUGCCACCAUCAGCACAUGUGAGAAAGCUGGGCAAUGGCAGCAGGCAUUGACCCUUUUUGCAUCCACUCCUGGAGCUCAGAUUCAAGCGGACCCUGUCAGCUACAGUUCAACGAUCAGCGCUUGUGAGAAAGGGUGGCAGUGGCUGUGGGCAUUGGGACUAUUCCAGGCUCAGAGCAAAGCACAGGUGCAACUGGAUCACAUCGGCUUCAGUGCAAGCAUUAGCGCCUGCGAGAAAGGUCAGCAAUGGCAGAAGGCCCUGACUCUUGUCCAUGCCGUACCUGAAGAGCAAGUGCGGCGAAAUGUCAUUUGCUUCAAUGCAGCCACCAGUGCCUGCGAGAAAUGUGGUCAAUGGCGGCAGGCAUCGGCAGUGUUUUCUGCCGUGCACGGGGCAACGGUUGAGGCAGAUUCCAUUUCCUUUAACGCGCAGGUCAGUGCCUGUGAGAAAGCCGGGCAGUGGCAGCAGGCCUUGGCCUCGUUUUGGAUGCCCAACGCGGGGUGGGCAUCCGAUGACAGAAGCUUCAAUGCAAGCAUCAGUUCUUGCAAGACACUUGGCCGGUGGCAGCAGGCCUUGUCUCUGUUUGUGGCGAUGCCUUUCGCACAAGUGCGAGUCACUCAAGUCGGCUUCAACGCAACCAUCAGCACUCAUCGAACGGAGUGGCAGCAGGCCUUGGUCGUCUUUGGCGCCAUGCGAGGCGCCAGCGUCGAAGCCAGCGAAAUUAGCCUCAGCUCCACCAUCAGCUCUUGCGAGAAGGCCGGGCGAUGGAGAUGGGCACUGCAGCUGUUUUGGGCCAAAGGCGUGGAUCGCCAGGAGGUCGCCUUCAACGCGACCAUCAGCGCCUGCGAGAGAGGUGUCGCAGCCGAAGCGAGCCACCGCCCCAAGUUGGCCCAGCGAGACGGAAGGGUUUGGCGGACCUGGGUGUCCCUGGUAGACAAAUGA